ACUAUUUUUGACAGCGAUUUGUUUUGGUUUUCGUGUUGGAAUUGUUUUUGCAAAGAAAAAAGGGAAGAAAAGCCCUUUAUUAUGGUUAUUUUCGGUGUUUACAUUGUAAGUAAGUCUGGAGGAUUGAUCUUCAACCUGGAUCACAAUGUACCAAAGGUGGAAAAUGAGAAAACAUUCAGUUAUCCGCUGGAUUUGAAAUUGGAGUACGAUUCGAAGAAAGUUUGUGUUGUUUUUGGUCAGAAGGAUGGCAUAACAGUGGGCCAUGUGCUCUCUGCGAUAAAUGGGGUGAAUGUAAACGGAGUGACUCUGGAGGAUGGUCGAGAUGCCAGAGAAAUCAUUGAGAACAAGGACAAUUACCCGCUGAAUUUGAGGUUUCACCGCCCAAAGAUGACCACGAAUGAGAAAAUUGUCCUGGCCAGUACAUUCUAUCCACUCUUUGCCAUCGCCAGUCAAUUGAGUCCGGAACCAAAGAGUUCGGGAAUUGAGAUGCUCGAGACGGAGACUUUCAAACUUAACUGCUUCCAGACACUCACAGGAGUGAAGUUCAUCCUGAUCAGUGAACCUAGUCAGGCAGGAAUGGAGAUCCUGCUGAAGAAGAUUUACGAAUUGUACGCCGAUUACGUGCUGAAAAAUCCAUUUUACUCUCUAGAAAUGCCCAUCAGAUGCGAAUUGUUUGACACAAAUCUCCAGAGCCUACUAGAGCAGGUGGAGAAAAAUGGGGUGUCGAGUAUUUAGGCCUAUAAAUAUCUCUUUUUGUUUAAUAAAUUAUUUGGGAAAUACCAAAAAAA